UGAGUUAGGGUUAGAGUGAAAAGGCUGCUCGGCAAUUAGCAGAUCGGCAGCUCCUUUUAGUCCAGGGGGGGGUUUAGAGUAAGUAGGGAAAUUAUCUACGGAAGCCUGGUUUGUUUGAAGCCACCAUGAACAAGUCUUCAUGUUGACAACUCGACGGCUGGUUCUUCCAGCAACUGUACUAGUAGCCUUGAUUCUGAUUUCUGGAUUGAUCCUGGUGAACGUUUGGGUGGCAGAGCGGCAUGUCUCUUCUGUGGUGUCCUUUAGAAUCGAGGGAUUUCAACGAGUCGAGCCCGCGAAGAAGACUACAUCAUCUGUCUCUACGAACCAAUUCUACGUGACAAAUGCCAUCUGUGGUGGUUGCUAUCACGCCAUUGCCAUACCGGAAAAGAAUAUCCGGUGUGGUCUACUCAUUCAUAACUUGAUGGAACAGAAGAGUCUUUCACUGGAAACAGCCGCCGAAACAAUCGCCACGGAACACCAGGACGCUUGUGUCAAGUGUCAUCCAUCAUCAUGCACGCCCACAGAAAAGCUCUAUUGGCGAUACGAUGCCAGUCAACAAAUCCCACACAUUGUGUCCUCCCAUCUGUUUCCAUCCUUGCUACCAUCCAAAUCUCGCGUUCCGACGACUGCCCUGUCGAAUUUGACUGCCUUCUUUUCGGCCGCCAAUUCACAACCCGAACCUCCUCGAUUUUUGUUUCAUUACAAUCCCAGUAUUGUCCUUCUUCCACCUGACAAUAACCACGCGCUACUUGCGGACCAUGACAAUGACCCUCCUGUGUAUGUGGCAUCCUUUCGAGUCUCCACGCAGCAAAGUUGCUUCUACCCGCACGAGUCCAAGGAGCUCUAUGGUGGAACUUGGAAUCGCAAGCCUCCUACCCAAGACUUUUUGGCACUGGCAGUGCUUCGUUCCGAUCUGUCCAUCGUUCACACUGUGGUGGUAAAUGUCAAGACCAGUGGUGUCUUUCCGGCCGCCGAAGAUUUUCGACUCUUUGUCUUUGGGAAUCAACUCUAUGUGGCAUCCUUUGAUUUUAUAGCACCCAUGGAUAUUUGGCUGGAAGGUGACGACGACCACCAUCAGAUGAAAGAGGGAUUUGCUAUUUUGGACAAGGUGUUUCCCAGCCGCUUGACUGUGGCGAUCCGACAAUUUCCCUCGUGUCCUGUUUGUUACCAUCGGCCCAACCUCAAGUGUGGGGCCAAGAACUUGAACUACUUUGCCACCUCGACCCCUGAAAACAAAAGUUGGGUCGAAUUGUGGCCUGGCGGGCCACACAUUGUGCAACAAAUGAUGCUGGACGAACCCUGCAGUCAGUCUCGACAACAACAACAAGCAACAGAAGAAGAGAGCCACCCAACCUAUUCGGAUGCCGAGGUACCCACACAACCAGCUGUAGCAUGGCAUACCAUGGAAGAAGUCAUGUUUCCAAACAUGGAACCGUCCGAAGUGCUUCUGGCACGAGGCCGUGGUGGGGCUUGUUGCGUGUCUCUGACAGAUCCACACGGCAAUUCUCUGUUGGUGGGAAUAUUUCAUACCAAAAUCCCCAAGUUUGGCAAGCGCAGUGGCAAGCGAUUGCCACUGUGGAAUGAUCGAGGCCACAAUAACGCGACUGCUGCCAAAGUAUUGCCCAAUCAGUACUUGUCACGCUGGUACGCCUUUUCACCAUCGCCGCCCUUUGCCGUUGUGGCGCAAUCGGGGUGGUUCUGUCUUGGAUUUCCUUCGGUCACACAAGAAGCAGACGAACCGUUGAUCCAAGCAACCCGGUGGAAGACAAUGGUGUUUGGAGACGAUCGCCACAAUGGUCAGCUUGUCUUGAAUUGUCCCCGGAUUCACUUUGUGAGUGGGAUUACCGAGAAGCAUAACGAUCCUUCCACAAUCUUGGUUGCCUACGGAAUCAAUGAUUGCUUUUCGAGGAUUGUGGAAAUGAAGAAAGAGGACAUUUCCAAGGUGCUCUUUGGGAAAAUGGGGGUCAGCUAG